AUAGAUUUCGCAAAUAUCUUUGCAUCCUUAAUUCUUCCAAUAGUAUUAAUUAGAAGGACAAAAUGGGCAAAUAUUAUUUGUUGGGCUAUUAUAAUAACAACUUGUGCAUUAAUUGUAUUUUGGACCUGUGCAUGAAUUACAUGAUGGAUAGCAUUGUAAUUUAGAGACAUAAAUAUUUCUUAAGGAAACCUAUCCUUAAUUUUUAUUAGAGGACGUAAAUUGAAUUUAACCAAAAGUUGUACUUGCUAAAUUAAUUGUAAAAUUCAAAGUUUUAACUUCAAAUUUAAAGUUAUCACAAAACCCAAUUUACAUUGAAUAAGUAUUAGGGGAAGUGUAUUUAUAUGUAUAUGUAAAUGAUCCUAUAGUAAAUGUUAUAAUUUCAGACUUCCAUGUACCUUGAAAAAAUACAUCCAUGGACAUCCAAUUCCCAUUUAUGAAUGAGUAGUUAAAAUAAUUUAGAGCAGAUGGUUAUGUAUUAUUUAGAGUAAUAUAGCUUGUAAGAGGAGUUGUACAAGUGAUAAAAUUAGCCGUAGUUUAGGUUGUUGGCAAUAGAAAAUAUCCUGAGUUCUAAAAUGCUAAUGGCCCAGUGGAUACAUUAAAUAUCUCGUUAUAGUUUAAGAAACUAUUUUAGGUUUGCCAUUAUGAAUUUGAAAACUUAAGUAGUCCAAGU